AUGGAUUGCAAGCCGAUAGCCUACCUGGCCUCUGGGGUCCGAACCCCGAUCGGCUCGUUCCGCGGCUCGUUUGCCACCCUGUCGCCCGUCCAACUCGGCUCGAUGGUGGCGAAAGAGGCGAUACUGAGCGCUACUCUGGCGGCCACAGAAAUCGAAGAAACAUUCGUCGGAUCGGUGCUGACGGCGAACGGCGGCCAAAAUGUUGGCAGGCAAAUCGCGCUAGCGUCAGGAAUCCCGAAAGACGCCCAAGCUGUAACGGUCAACAAAGUCUGCUCUUCGUCGAUGAAGGCGCUGCAGAUGGCAUGCAUGUCUAUUCAGACGGGAUACCGCGAAAAAUGCCUGGUCGUCGGCACCGAGUGCAUGAGCCAAGUCCCGUUCUACAUGGCGCGAGGGGAUACGCCGUACGGAGGAUUGACGCUAGUGGAUGGUAUCGUUCGCGACGGGCUUGAAGACGCGAUCGAAAAGAAAUCGAUGGGUUUAUGCGCCGAGAAAACGGCAACAGAAUACAAAAUCACGCGCGAAGAAAGCGACGCCUACGCGAUUCAAAGCUACAAGAAGGCGGCCGCGGCUUGGAAGAAUGGAUGCUUCCGAGACGAGGUGAUCCCAGUGGCCGUCCCGCAGCGGCGAGGCGACCCUAUCGUCGUGGCCGAGGACGAGGAAUACAAGAAAUUGGUCGAAAGCAAGGUCUCGUCACUUCCGGCAGCUUUCAAGAAGGACGGCGGCACCAUCACCGCCGCAAACGCGUCCUCGCUGAACGAUGGGGCUGUCGCGGCCGUAGUGAUUGGAAAAGCCGAGGGCCCGAUUCUCGCUGAAAUUCUGGGCUUCGCAGAAGCCGGCAUGGACCCUAUCGACUUCACAUUGGCUCCGGUUAACGCCGUGCGAAAGUUGCUCGCGACGCACAAUAUCCACGCCGCCGACAUUGCCACCUGGGAAGUCAAUGAAGCUUUCUCGACGACGGCACUCGCCUUUAUCAAGGCUCUCAGCGUCAACCCCGAGCUCGUCAAUAUCAAGGGUGGAGCCGUGGCGCUUGGGCAUCCACUUGGCAUGUCCGGCCUGCGGAUCACCGUUUCCCUGGCCCACUCGCUGAAGCCCGGACAGCUCGGCGUGGCGGCCAUCUGCAACGGCGGCGGCGAGGCGAUGGCGGGCCCCAUCGAAGACGCCCUGCUAAAUGGCCAGUCGCUCUUCAACGAGACCACCCUGCAGUCGUACCUCGAGAAUUUCUCAAAGCUCAAUGAGCUCUACCAGGAGCUGUAUCAGGCCGUGGUGAAACAAGCCCAGGAGAACCCCGACACGAUGAAGCCGGUCAACGGCAGGCCCGAUCAGCUACCGUAUCUUUUUGAGGGAGACAUCAUUCUCACCGAGUCGCAACUGCAGCAGCAAAUUAAAAAUGCCGAAACCGAGCUGGCUCGCCGCAAAAACGAGACGAUGCGCUUCGUACGGAGCAUGACUUCGGAUUUGUCGUUGCGGUGGCGCGUAUUUCCGAUUCAAUACUACAUUACACCUGGAGUCCCCGUAUCCGCCGUCCAAGCAGGUAUCCAACGCUGGCAGCAGCUGACGUGCAUCACCUUCCAACAAGUGACCCAGCAGCCCAGGGGCAACGGACUGAUCUUCAUCCGGGGCAAUGGGUGCUACUCGUACAUCGGAAUGGUGGCGCAGGGAGCGCAACAAGUUUCGAUUGGAGUCGGGUGCGAGGCGCUCGGCACGGUUAUGCACGAAAUUGGCCACGCCCUCGGCUUCUACCACGAGCAGUCGCGCUCGGACCGCGACUCCUACGUCCGUAUCGUCACCCAGAACAUCCAGAACAUCUACAUCCCGCAGUUCAGCAAGCAGGCCCCAUCAACCAUGGUCGAUUACGGCGUGGCGUACGACUACGGAUCUGUGAUGCACUACGAUCAAUUCGCUUUCUCUCAAAAUGGUGGAAUGACCAUCCAGACCUAUGAUGCCAAUUACCAACUCACGAUCGGCCAGCGCAACCAGGCCGGCUUCGCCGAUGUGAAGAAGAUCAACUUUGCCUACUGCAAUGCCUCCUGCACCACCCAGCUGCCCUGCCAAAAUGGCGGCUACACCGAUCCGCUGGCCUGCAGCCAAUGUCGAUGCCCCACCGGAUUGGGAGGCCAAUACUGCGACCAACCGGCCACCUCGUACUCCGGCUGCCCCCAGGGCCAGCUCACCGCCACCUCCAGCCUGCAGCAAAUUACAGCUUCCGGAGCGCUCGUGUGCAACUUUUUGAUUACGGCUCCUCCCGGCAAGAAGGUGUACUUCCAAGUGACCUCACUCUCGUUCCCCUACCAGCAGGUCUGCAGCACCUCGUAUUUGGAGCUGAAAUAUGGAGCGAAUUUGGGCAAUACUGGCGCUAGACUCUGCGGUCGCACCUACCCUGGCGGCGCCACCACCCAAACCUCGCAACUUCUCGUCAUCUUCCAGGGCUACAGCUCGGCCCGGUUCACGCUCAGCUACCGAUACGAUCCCGUAUCCGGAGAGCAAACUGACGCAUCGACCACCGUAGCACCAACGGCGCCAAUUGCCAAGAAGCCGCUUCCAAAAAAGGUCAUCGAAAAGCGGAAGGACCAACCGGAAGUGGAGGGAAGCGGAGAAGAACUCACGACAACCACCGUAGCUUCAAAAGUGGAGAAGAAGAAGGGAAAGGGCGAGUUUCAGAUGUAUUUU